AUGGCGGACCUCAUGACCAGGUUCCCCGCCAUGGAUCUUUCACUCGGCUGCAUGUACAUCGGUGUCAUGCUCAACGUCUGGCUCUAUGGUUUCUCCAUCGUCCAGGCCUACAUCUACUACGUCCACUUCAAGACUGACAAGCCCUUCAUGAGGUACUUUGUCCUUUUCCUUGUCGUCGCCGAUACCGCCAAUGCUAUCUUUGAUCAGGUGUUUAUGUACCAGUAUCUCGUCUCCAACUUUGGCAAUCUCACCUACGCAGCUAAGAGUAACCGAUCCUUCGCUGCUGAUCCCGUCACGACCGGUGUCAUCGCCUUUUCUACUCAGCUCUUCUUUGCUUGGCGUGUAUACAAGCUCAUGCACUCCAAGAUCAUGCCCGCUUUGAUCAGCGUCGGUGCGCUCGUCUCGCUCCUUAGCGCCAUUGGUACUACCAUUGGUGUCGAGAUUGUCCUCUACUUCAACGAGUUCCACAAGUUCCAGGUGGUCGUCAUCUUGUGGCUUGGUUUUGCUGCGCUUACCGACGUUCUCAUCACUGGCUCGCUCGUCUUCACCCUCAACAAAUCCCGUACCGGUUUCGCCGCCACCGACGACGUUAUCACCAAGCUGAUCCGAAUGACUCUUCAGACCGGUGCCUUUACCACCCUCUUUGCCACCAUCGAUCUCAUUCUUUUCCUUGCUUCCACCUCUACUCUCCACCUCGUCUUUAACUUGCCCCUCGCCAAGCUCUACGUCAACUCGUUGCUUUCCACCCUCAACGCCCGUGUCACCAUUGGCUCGGCAGCUCAGCAGUAUACCAUGGAAGGCUCGCUCAGCGACAACGCUCGUCGUGGCAUGUCAACUCACACCAAGCGAUCCAACUUCUUCCGCUCCGGUGGAAACAACCAGCCCACCACCAUCCGAACACAGGCAUCACACCACGACCAUGUCGAGCACGGUCUCGCUCUCGGCGAAUACAACAGCCGAGACAACUUCGCGACUGGUAUUCACAUCAAGACCAUCGAAGAGACAUUCGAGGAGCGACACGAGGGUGAUGACAUGCCAGCUUUCGAUUCGAGCUCGCACAACGAUUCGCUUCCCGUGCUCGAGAAGAGCCGUGGUGACCAGGACUCGCUCUGA